AUGUCUUCCUCUACUCCCACACAGUCAGCUCCUUCCGAGCCGCAGACCAAGAUCGCGCUAGACUCCAAGGUUAUUGCAAUCACUGGUGCAAACCGUGGAAUCGGCCUCGGUGUCGCAGAAAGCUGUCUAGUGAACGGAGCCGCCCGCAUCUACUCCAUCGAUAUCGGCGAACCAGGCGAGGAAUUUGCAGAGCUCUCCAAGCGCUUUCCGGGUCAACUUUUCGCCCUCCAGGCAGAUGUCACUAAAGAGGCCAGUAUCUCCACAGCAGUGGACAAGAUUGUUGAGGAGGCCGGGGCUCUCCAUGGGAUGGUCGUGAAUGCAGGUCGGACAAACCACAAGUCGGCGCUGGAUUUCACGACCGAGGAAAUCGAGUCGCUUUUCUCUGUUAACCUAUUUGGAGCAUUCUACACAGCCAGGUGUGCUGCCCGGGCAUUCAUCAAGCUUGGAAUCAAGGGGGCGAUCGUCUUUACAGCUUCCAUGGCCUCCUACCGCCCCAACAAGCGCGUCCCGUCCACCCCCUACGGCGCGUCAAAGGCCGGUAUCCGCAAUAUGACGCACACCCUGGCUAUGGAGUGGGCUCAACAUGGCAUUCGUGUAAACAGUGUCUCUCCUGGUCUGGUCAACACUGCUAUGACAUACUGGGUUCCACAACAGCCUGAUUGGGAGCAACAGCUCAAGUAUUAUGGCGGCUUCCCGAGACUGGCUGAGGUACAGGAGCUCGGUGGUGCCUAUGUCUACUUGUUGAGUGAUGCUGCUUCGUAUACUACAUCAAUUGAUAUUCCUGUGAACGGUGUCAUUGGAAUUUGUUAA